UUGAAGAUUGACGUUAUUUAAAAAUGUCAAAAUUUUUUUGUCAAAUCUCUUUUAACAAUUUCCCCAUGUUAUUUUGAACAUGGGGAACAUUUUAUUUGGACGAAGAGUUUGUGAAGAUUCUACUGAUGAAAGUGCUAUAAAUUUGUCGGAUAGUUGCGUUGAAAAAUUAAUAAAACCUCCAGAGGAACGAGAGGAUGUUCAAUGCAAACCAUCGGAUGAAAGAAUUGAGGAUGAUAAGUGGAUGAAAAAAUUACAGUGUCUCGAUAGAACACACUCAGAAGAAAACGGUAUAACUAUGGAGAAUGUGGAACAACUUUUUGAAACGGUUGAGAAAAAAAUAGGUGACAAGUUACAACACGCUGACUGUCCUACCGACGAGUUAAUAGACUGUUUGAAAGCUCACAAAACCUGCAUAAUAAAGUGCAGUGCAUACAUGAAUAACUUUAUAGAAUGUAUAGAUACCGCUAGAGUCGAAGCUAUUAAAAGAUCAUUUACGAAUGACGAACAACAUGAGUGUCACAAAAUUCCCAGAGAAAAACCUUGUCAAAAUUCUUUGGAUGAUGAAGAAGAGGAAGAGGAGGAAAAUUAGUUUUAUCUUAUUUCAUACACAAAUACAUACUUCAACGUCAGAAUAA